AUGGCGACGGACAUGAACCGAACCGAGAUCACUUUGGAGAAGUCGGCUGCCCAUCAUCUGGAGGAUACGCUGGGCGUUGGUGCGGUCCUGGAGGCGAAGCAGGCCACCGAUGAAGAGCAUGAGCAAACCCUCUGGCAGGCCCUGAGAGCUAAUCGCAAGGCUGUCACAUGGUCCGUCCUAAUUUCCAUGUCGAUUAUUAUGGAGGGAUACGACACCAUCCUGAUGGGUAACUUCUUUGCGUAUCCAACAUUCAAUCAAAAGUAUGGCCACUACUAUGGCGAAGAAAUUGGCUGGCAGGUGUCGGCCCCUUGGCAGACCGGGCUGAACAUGGGUAGCACAAUCGGUGCCAUUUUUGGUGGCCUCCUGAAUGGUUACUUUGCCAGUAAGUACGGGUAUCGCAUGGUGAUGAUAGUUGCGUUAUUCUUCAUGACCGCGUUCAUCUUUAUCGUCUUUUUUUCCAACACCACCGCCGUCCUCCUCGUGGGUCAGAUCCUCUGCGGUCUGUCUUGGGGUGUAUUCGCCACAGUCGGACCUGCGUAUGCGUCAGAGGUCUGCCCUACUAAGCUGCGUGGUUACCUGACCGUCUAUGUCAACAUGUGCUGGGCCAUCGGCCAGAUGAUCGCAUCUGGCGUGCUUUAUGGUCUAUUACAAAGGUCAGAUCAAUGGUCCUACCGUAUCCCUUUUGCCCUCCAGUGGGUAUGGCCUGUACCGUUGAUGGUUAUUUGCUGGCUGGCCCCAGAGAGUCCGUGGUACCUGGUCCGCAACAAUCGUCUCGAGGAAGCCAAGAACAGUAUCCGUCGCCUGGGAGGAGAUAAGACGGAAGAUCAAAUCCAUGGCCAGUUAGCUAUGAUGGUCCACACGGCUAAGCUUGAGUCUGAGAUCGAAGGUGGCACUACCUACACGGAGUGUUUCAAAGGUGUCGAUUUGCGCCGCACCGAAGUCUGUUGUAUGGCCUUUGCCGGCCAGAUUCUAUCCGGCAGCUCAUUCGCCUACUCCCCUGUGUACUUUUUCAAACAGGCCGGCAUGAAUGUCAACCGAGCAUUCCAACUAGGCGUGGGUUGUACCGGAGUGGCCUUGGUCGGGGUUAUCCUGUCCUGGUGGUUGAUCACUUUCAUUGGCCGACGGACCCUAUACGUUUGGGGCCAAGGUACUCUCUCUAUGCUCUUAUUCCUCAUUGGAAUCGUCAGCGCGACCUCACAUACUCCCGGUGCCCUGUGGGCGCAGGCGUCGUUCUGCUUCCUCUGGCUAUUCGUCUUCGCGCUGACCGUCGGCCCUAUCACCUAUGCUAUUGUAUCAGAGAUUUCCUCGGUGCGGCUGCGACCCUUGACUGUUUCCCUCGCGCGUACAGCCUACCAGAUAGUCAAUGUUGUUUCACAGGUGUUGCAGCCUUAUUUCAUGAACCCCACUGCUUGGAAUGCGUCUGGCAAGACCGGAUUCUUCUGGGGCACCACAGCCCUGCUUAUGUUCAUCUGGGCAUUCUUCCGUCUACCUGAGCCCAAAGGCCGCACCUAUGCUGAGCUUGAUAUUCUCUUCGCGACCAAAACUCCGGCACGCAAAUUUGCUUCUACGCACGUCGAUCCUUACGCUGUCGGCGCGUCGCCAUCCCAGGAGGGUCUUGUUCGCCCUGAGGCAGCCGUCACACAAGAGAGGAAAGAGUGA